AUGGCAUGUCCAAAAACUUCUAAUGACACGACUCGAUAUGAUGCGAAGCUUCCAAACCCUUUCGUCUUUGCCAAUGGUAGAGCUGUAAAGACACUCCUCGACUUUGAAUGUCGCCAACGCGAAGUCAGCGAGCUCUUUCAGAGUCUCGAGCUGGGUAUCAAACCAAGAAAACCUCACGCUGUACAUGGCUCGAUAUCUGGUGGCAACUUGACAGUCACUGUAUCUGUACAUGGAAGAAACAUAUCUUUUACACCCACGAUCACCUACCCGCCGAACGGAACCGCUCCAUACCCAGCUGUCAUUGCCUUCGGAGCUCUUACCAUUCCUGCUCCCUCUGGAGUGGCCAUCAUCACAUACAACAAUGAUGAUAUUGCUGCGCAGAACAACCAAAGUAGCCGUGGUCAAGGAAAAUUCUUCGAGCUCCACCCCGAACUGAUAUCCAAUGGUGCCAUGACAGCUUGGGCAUGGGGUGUGAGCCGUAUCAUCGAUGUCCUAGAGACUUUGCCCGGUACCAACAUCAAUGCAAAUAAAGUCGCCGUCACUGGCUGCUCCAGAGAUGGAAAAGGAGCUUUAGUCGCUGGCGCUCUUGAUAGUCGCAUAGUCCUCACCAUUCCUCAAGAAAGUGGUUCUGGAGGAACCAAUUGCUGGCGCCUCAGUGACUACGAAAACCACAAUGGUUCAACACAAACCGCAUCUGAAAUCGUGCAAGAAAAUGUCUGGUUCGCUACACAAUUCGACGAGUUUGCCAACACCACUGUUGAGACGCUCCCGUUCGACCACCAUAUGUUGGCCGGACUGGUCGCUCCAAGAGGUCUCUUGGUCAUCGAUAAUAUUGGCUAUGAAUGGCUUGGACCUUGGAGCUCAUUUGGAUGCAUGAAGACCGCCCGGAGGAUAUUCCAAGCUUUUGGUGCCUCUGACCAUUUGGGAUAUUCUAUGUCUCCGAGCCAUCUUCAUUGUUCCUUCCCAUCUUACCAGAUCCCACAGCUCCAAGCCUUUGUCGACAAAUUCCUGUUCGAUAAAGCCUCGGACACGGACUUUUUCAUCCCAGCUGGCAACAUCACAUUCGAUGAUGCACAAUGGGUAGACUGGUCUACUCCGGAUCUACUCUAA